AUAUCAAAACAAUAACAUUUAGAUUAUAUGAAGAAAUGCUUUGGAAAAGAAUAAUGUUGUUAAAUCGGCUGAAAAAACUUGGAAGAAUACAUGGUAUCCGUAAUGAUAGUAUUUUUACAAAAUAUAGAGAACCUCCUAAUGGAUUUUUGUUUAAUCAAAAACCAUUAAAACCUGGAGAAAAAAGGAAACGAGAAACAUGGGAACUGAUAUGGUAUCCAGGAUGGGCUAUUAUAAUAAUGACAUAUUUGAUUGGGAGUUACUAUCGCCCAGAUGAUAAUGUAUUAGACUGGGCAACUAAAGAAGCAGAGAAGCGCAUAGCUGAAAUAGAAGAAAAGAGUCAAAAUAUUUCUCCUGAAUAAGUUGUAAAAAUUUUUUUUAUAGAUUUCAAACAAAAUAAAAUCUUUUUUUAUAUUUUAAUUUACAGAGUAUAGGGAUCAAUCUCUGUAAAUUCUCUGUUUGGAGUUAAAUAGCAUGUAAUACAUUGGAGUCAUUAAAUAUGAUAAAGUUCAAAAAGAUAUUACUUUAUAUA